AUGGGCUUCCACCGUUCCUCCAUUGGCCGCAUCCUUGACAUGUACCCUUGCCUCCUCACCUCUGACCUCCAUCUCCACCUGUACCCCACCUUUGAUUUCCUCUUCAAUGAAGUCGAAAUCUCAUUUGAUGAUAUAUCUAGGUCAAUCACUCGCUGUCCCAGAUUGUUAGUUUCCAGUGUGUCUCAUCAAUUAAGGCCUGCUUUUGUUUUUCUAAAAGAUUUGGGCUUUGUGGGUCCACAUAAGUUAAAUUAUCAAACUGCUUUGUUGCUUGUUUAUAAUGUGGAGAGAAGUUUGAUGGGUAAGAUUGAGUUUUUGAUGGGGUUGGGGUUUGAGUUUAGCGAGGUUAAAAAUAUGGUCGUGAGGGCACCCGGGAUUUUGACUCUCAGUGUGGACAGGAAUUUGGGGCCUAAAGUUGAUUACUUUGUGAGAGAAAUGAAUGCGGAUUUAGAGGAACUGAAGAAGUUUCCGCAGUUCUUUUCGUUUAGUUUGGAGAGGAAGAUUAAGCCUAGGCAUAGAAUGUUGGUGGAGUGUGGAUUGAAGAUGCCAUUGUCGAGAAUGCUGAAGGUUAACGAUGGGGAAUUCAAUGCUAGAUUGUUUGAAAUGCGGCUGAGAAUGGCUGAGAAGAGUUAA